AUGAAUUGUCUCGGAUCCAUCUUACCAUCUGAAAUUUGGCUGACCUUUCCGCACCCAUGACGCGACCAUCAUCAUUCCGCUCCAACGCCCCCGGGGCAAAUGGGUGCUUUCUCCAGAGACAACCAACCAGCGCGUGAUGCCCUGCACUCCUCUUCGGCAUACUGCCCCGAAGCCCCAUAUACCGAGGGCGACCCCCUCGGCGAGCGAUCGAGCAACACGUUAGCGGCGACGCGACGGUCGGCCUCCCAACAGUUAAUUACGGCUCUCGCUGAUCGUCCGAGAGCCGGAAAGGGCCCAGAAAUAACCCGAUUUGGCCAUGCCAACCCGUGGCCAGCCAAAGUCUUCGUCGAUGGCCACUAAUAUUAAUACUGAAUCCAACACCCGGAAACUGAUCUCAUGCAUGUCGGUUAUGGCAGCAAUGUCAUUGCUGUUUAUGGCGCUCCGCUUCUGGUGUAAGAGGAGAUACCACAAGGUCAUUGGUUUGGACGAUUACAUCUUGAUAUUUUCUUGGAUGCUCCUUGCCCUGUACGUUGCCCUCACAAUCGCCUCGACGAGAUGGGGAGUCGGCCGACAUCUGGAUUCCGUGUCGUUGGAUGACUCCAUCGCGGCCGGACGACUGCUCUUCGUUGCCGAGUUCUUCGCCAUCUUGGCCGUCGCCGUCAGCAAGACCUCGUUCGCCGUCACCCUGCUCCGCUUUGCCUUUGAGCGGUGGCACAGAGUCUUCCUGUGGAGUGUCAUCGUGAGCGUCAAUAUGGCCAUGUGGUCGUGCGCGGCCCUGCUCCUCGCCCAGUGUCAGCCGACCGAGAAAUUGUGGGACGUUGAGCUCGACGGCUCGUGCUGGCCACGAGCCGUCUACACUGCUUACUCGAUUUUUGCAGGCUCUUGGUCCGCCGCGAUGGACUUUGCCCUCGCUAUAUUCCCCUGGGUUCUCAUUUGGCCCAUGAGGAUUCAAACAGCCGAGAAAAUUGGCGUCGGCAUCGCGAUGAGUUUAGGAGUCCUGGCUGGCGUCACAGCGGUUAUCAAGACAACCUUCCUGCCAAUGGCAGGAAAACCGAAAUCAGACUUCACCUACGUUUCUACAGACUUGAUCAUCUGGGCCGCCGCCGAAGCCGCUGUUAUCAUCAGCGCCGCCUCCAUCCCCUUCAUGCGCCCGCUGCUUUUGAAUACCUGCCGUAGCAUCAGAGGGAGACAUAUAGCCCUCCGCGGAGAGAUUCAGGGGAGCAGAGAUUCAACCCAGGUUGCGGGAUCCGAAACUGGGAGAUGGACCGUCAGGAGAGAGGUCGAACACAGUCACUGGUGUGUCCUAAAGAAAAUCGCAGAGAGAGGUGGCGGGAUUACGAGCAGCGCGACUAGAAGCAGUAAUACUCAAGCAAUGGACUAAAACAUAAGAAACAUCAAGUGCGCAUGACGAAGGUAGGUUGGGUACGGUGUGACCACCUCU